CAUUGCAAGUGGUUCCCUAUACUCUUCCCUCUUUUUAAAGUAUCGCAUCACUCAAAAAUGAUAUAAGAAUAAUAAAAGAAAACGUCUUUAUCAUGAAGCCCUGGUGUCUCUCCUGUCCCGGCAGAAUGAUGCCUGAGACGCCCGGCGACACUGUUAGACGUGGACAAGUUCAACCACAACGUGACAAGACCAAACAGCUGGAGGAGCCACGGCGCCGGCACCCUCCUCCUCCUCCUGCUCCUGCUCCUGCUCCUCCUCCUGCUCCUGCUUCGCCUCCUUCUCCUCCUGCUCCUCAGACCAGGGCCGCCUCAGGAAGUCAGAGUUGGAGCAGUAUGGAAGGCAUUUGGCAGAAACAGCUGAGACCAUCAGUGCUGCGUCAGGUUUCCCAAGCAGCUUCCAGACGACUAUGGAGAUCCAGUGACGAAAAUACUGCAGCUGUCUCCACUUGCAAAGAAGAGGUGGAUGCAGGUAGUUUUUCGUUUUCAUCUCACAGGAGCUCCUCUCCCAGAGAAAGUCUUCACGCCGUCCCCUCAAGGAGAGACGGUCCCAAGCAGAGCUCCGUCCAGGCCAGGACUCAUGAUGGCGCCCCGGAGGGCUCCAGUCCUCUGUUUGUGAACGGCCUCUGCCGCUGGCCUGGCUGUGAUGUGGUGUUUGAAGAUUUCCCUAGUUUCUCAAAGCAUCUCCAUUCUGAACACAGUCAUGGUGACAGAAGCAUUGCUCAGUGGAAGGUGCAGCAAGAUAUUGUUCAGUGCAUGGAGAGUCAGCUCAUCCUGGAAAAACAGAAACUCAUUGCGAUGCAACUUCAUCUGCAACUCUCUGAACACAAAUUCAACGGCUUGGCAACGUCUGAGUGGCAGUACAGCCUCCCUCUGUUUCUGCCCCAGCCGCAGGGCACUGAUGGAGAAAGAGGGCAACAGUGGGGCAUUAAACAUCUGGAGGAGUUGUCACAGCACAGCUACAGAGCUGCAGGUUCUAUCCACAUUCUGCCAGAUUUGGUUCCCAGUAUUGAAUGUUACAAAUACAAUAACAUCAGGCCUCCAUACACCUACGCCUACUUGAUCAGAUGGUCCAUCCUGGAGUCUCCAGACAAACAGCGCACUCUGAAUGACAUUUACAACUGGUUCACUACCAUGUUCUUCUACUUCAGACACAACACUGCUACCUGGAAGAAUGCAGUGCGGCACAACCUCAGCCUACACAAGUGUUUUGUGCGAGUGGAGGGAGGGAAGGGAGCUGUGUGGACAGUGGAUGAGACGGAGUACCAGAGGAGGAAGGGACAGAAGUAUCACAGGGAUUGUCCUGUGAAGUGGCUCACGUCCUACGCCCCUUACUGUCCAGAUGACCGCUGAACACCAGCAGGUGGCAGCACUGAGCUGCUCCAGCACCAAGAACUGAAGAAUCUGUUUCAUCUGUUUAAUCUGUUGAACUGCCAAUUUGUAUUUUGUAUUAUUUUCAAAUGUUAAACAUGUUGCUUAAGCA